AUGUCGUAUCCUGAACGAACGAUAGUUUCUCCAUCGAAUGUUGAGCUAGAAAGAACUUCUCCACCUUCACCAAAGUAUCAAACCGAGACAGUAUAUGUUCCUCCUGCAUCUCCAAAAUAUCAAACUGAGAUAGUGAAUAUUCCUUCUCCAUCGCCUAAUUAUCAAACUGAGACAAUUUAUGUUUCCACACCUCCACCAAAGCUUCAAACUGAAACAAUAUAUGUCACAACUCCUCCACCAAAAGUUGAAACCGAAACAAUAUACGUUACUACUCCUCUACCAAAAGUUGAAACCGAAACAAUAUACGUUACUACUCCUCCACCAAAAGUUGAAACCGAAACAAUAUACGUCACUACUCCUUCACCAAAGGUACUUACUGAAACAGUAUAUAUUCCACAACCUGUAGUGCAGCAACCAGCUCCAUUACCAAUAGUUAAAACUUCAAAAACGUCAAUACCUCCGUCUAAAUCAAAAGUUAAUUCUUUAAAAAAACCUAAUCGUAGUCCUUUGCAAGAAUUAACGAAUGUUUCUUCAUCAAAAACUCAUACUAAAGUAACACCUAUUCGUAUUAAAACACCAACGGUCUAUGCAUAUAGAAAUAAAAAUAGUGAAAAUCGGAAUCGAAGAGUAGCAGCAGCGGCAGUAAUAAAACCAUGUUGUUGUUGUUGUAAUGCACGAGUGUUAGCUGGAUUAAUUAUAGCAUUAAUGCUAAUUGCUGCCAUAGUUAUUCCUUUAAUUAUUGUAUUAACAUCAACUGGAGAUGUGUCAACAACGACAACAACUACAACAACAACAACAACUACUACUUCAACAACAGCUUCAACAACAUCUACAAGUACAACCACUUCAAGUACAACUACAACCACUACUGAGACGACAAGUACAUCUUCUACAACAACAGCUACAGUUCCUCUUAGUGAGAGUGGAGUACAAAUAAAUUUUGAUCCAGCAGAUUUACCAGCUGGUUGGACUUUAUGUUAUAAUGAUACAUAUGAUAUUGUAUUAAACUCGACACUUCUUGAUACUAUUUUAACUCAAUGUAACAAAGGCAAAUUAUUAUUAGGUUGUAGAACUAUAAAUUCGACUGUAUUGGCAUUAGCUGCAAUGGGUCUUCGAUCUGAUGUACUUUAUAAUUGUAGUAGCAUUGUUAAUUGUACACAUAUAGCUAAUGGAGUUGGUUGGUACUAUUCUUCAGAUUAUUCUUGGGGAUUUGUUGAGGAUAGUGAUACCGUUUAUCGUAACCGUUGUGAUAGUGAUUCAAGUACUGAUAGUGCAACUGGUUCAGGUCUCCGUCUCUGUUGGCAUACUGGCCCAAGUAAAGGUGGAUAUCGAUGUGGUAAUAAUGUUGGACUUAAUAAUGAUACAACUUUUGUUCGAGUUAUUUAUACUGUUGAUUGA